AUGCCGUUAACUCAAUCGGCCGGAAUUAUUAGUUACAAUAAUGACCAAGAAUUGAAAUUACAUAUAUUUCAAGGUUAUGGUCUCGACCCAAAUGUAUAUGGGCAUUCGCUUGAUGACAGUGUUAUUUCUAAUACUUCUUUUUCAAGUGAUUACUAUGAUCCUACCCAAUUUGGUCCUCCUCCUUUUUUUAGUGAUCUAAUGCCCAAGACCUUACCUGAUAGUUCAUGGGUAGUUAAUUCACCGCCAGCACAAACGCAUCAUAUAUCUGAACGUGAACAUGAACAAUCCCCUCCUCAAGAUCAACAGCAGGCAUUACAUGACUCACCGGUUCAAGAACCCGCUCGUCUGCCAAAUAAUCCUAUUCCAAAUCGAGCUCAAACUCCGACUCCUUACAGAAACUUGCCAAAUUAUUUAACUGCUCGUCGUCGAAGCUUAUCCGCUGAUAAUAUUCACGCAAUGGCAAAAGCCCAAACCACUCACGAAAAUACUUUAUAUGCAGGAGAAAUUCCUGGAUCUCAUAAUAAUAUGAUGCUUGAUGAUGCUCGUGUCAUCGAUAGUAAUGGUGAUCUUCAUCCUCAUCCUCAUUCCCUUGCAUCAAGAGCUCGGAUGUUUAAUGAUUCGUCGAUAAAUCAUACGCAGAAGCUUAAUGAACGACAAGCCAGAUUCAAGGUGAAACUUGAGCGUAGACCCUCAAGAAAUGUUCCUAAUAAUAUUCAAGUUCCUAAUACUGGUAUUGUCAUGAAUCAACCUGGUACAAUGCCCAUAAAUUUAGUGUUAACUGGUGCUGGUGGAGAAAAUGCAGCUUUUUCUGGAAUACCGGGUAUGGAAAUACCCAUUGGUAAGCCAUCAAAUCCCCGACGUGGUGGUCAUAUGCGUAAAAGAUCACUUUCUGCGCCCACACAACCUUUUGCUAAUCCACAGUUGGCUGGUGGAAGUAAUGGUGGUAUACCUUCUCUGCAACCUGCUCCAUCAUUUCCUUUCAAUAUCUCUUCUGUUUCCCCGUCAUUUCGUAGACCUGGUGCGUUACCAAUUCAGAUUCAACGAAACCACAAGCAUAAUCACCCGAGUGCUCCAAUUUCAUCCGAAGAAUAUCAACGUAAACUCGAUGAAGAACUUGUGAGGAUUGAUUUCGAUGAUAUAACAGUCAGUGAACUCAAAGACAUGUUGAGACAACGUGGAAAACCUGCUACCGGUAAAAAGGCAGUAUUAAUGCAACGAUUACAAGAAGACAGUAGUAACAGCAUCAAUUCUCCAAAGACAACGAUUAACACAAGUAAUAUUCCAAAUAAUCAAUAUAAUCAAAUCUUAUCAUCACCAACAUCUCCAUCUGGAAUGUCACUGCAUCGUAGUAUCUCUAAUCUACAUAUAUCAAGUCCACCUGCUUAUCCGAGACGUUUUAGUCCCUAUGGAAGCGUCAGUAUUCCAAAUAGUCCAAGAAUGAUUCCGGUUGGAAUGGGAAAUACGAGAGCAACAUCAAAUUACAAUAAUGGUGGAUUUGGAUUUCCGGAAGGUGUCGAUGAAUGGCAUUUUAAAAAUGUCGGAAUUGUUCGUCAUCCGAGUUAUGGAUCACAACAAUUAGCACAAAUGGAAGAAAAUAAUGCGAUGUUUAGUCAAAUGAUUUUAAUGGAACAUCAGCAGCAGCAACAACAACAAGCCACGCCUCAGCCGCAACAACAUGAUGAUUAUUUUGGCAUGCAGCAACCAUCGUCAGCUCCCCCGACAACAACAGAAUUUGAUGCUUUCCAAGAACAACCAACCAGUUCAGCGACUACUACCAAUGAAUUUGCUGCCUUCCAACAGCCUCCAUCGUCUGCUCCACCAAUGAGAACAGAAUUCGUAAAUAAUACUUAUGAAUUUAUGCGUACAAAUCAAGUAUCGACGAUUGAAGUACCGAUCGGAAUUAACGAAGAAAUGAUGAGAAUGGAUCUUAGUGACACUGCUACCGCUGGUGGGUUGAGUCCGCCGGCUUCUACUACUGCCGAUACAAUAAUGGUGAAACAAGAAUCGGAUGACGUUGCUAAAGAACUAGAAGGACAGUCUUCAUAUACUGGUUUACAAGGAUUGGGAUUUGAUUUUGAGCAAGAUGAUCAAAUUUUAGUUAAAUUCGAUCAAUCUCAAACAGGCUUUAUGCCAAUGACGAAUGGAUCUACUUCUCAGCAAUUAGAUCUUCAGAUGCAAUUAGAACAUCAAGAUGAAAUGUUUUACUAA